AUGCGCCGACCCCGACCGUCCCCCUCCUGGUCCCCCGCCCGGUCCUACGCCGCCGCCAUUCCCGGCGCGGCCGGCAGGGGGCGCUCCCGGCCUGGCGCCCGAACCCCGACCCUGAAGCAGGCUUUCUUCUGCUCGGAGAAAGUGCUGUGUUUCGGAGCAAAGCGAAGAAGCUUUUCCUUCGGCUCCGGAUCGGAGCCGCUGCCGCCGCGCAUGCCGCUCCCCGUCGGGGCGCGCAACCCGAGGGGCUCGUUCACGGGGUCGUGGCCGGGGGCGCGCGGCGCGGGCCACACCAACCGGACCUUCGUGUUCGACGACGGCCGAUGCUCCCCCAGGCAGCCCAGCGGCGAGGACGGCGGCCGCGGGGACGGCGUGCGGCCGGACACCGCCAGCUUCAAGAUGAGCGACCUGGACACGGAGGUGCUGCCCUUGCCGCCGCGGUACCGCUUCCGGGACCUGCUGCUGGGAGACCAGUCCUUCCAGAACGACGACAGGGUCCAGGUGGAGUUCUACGUCAAUGAGAACACCUUCAAGGAGCGGCUCAAGCUGUUCUUCAUCAAAAAUCAGAGAUCCAGCCUGAGGAUCCGGCUGUUCAACUUCUCCCUGAAGCUGCUUACCUGCUUGCUCUACAUCGUCCGAGUCCUGCUUGAUGACCCAGCCCUGGGGAUCGGAUGCUGGGGCUGCCCAAAGCAGAAUUACACCUUCAAUGGCUCAUCCUCCGAGAUCAAUUGGGCGCCCAUCCUCUGGGUGGAAAGAAAGAUGACUCUGUGGGCGAUUCAGGUCAUCGUGGCCAUCAUAAGCUUCCUGGAGACAAUGCUCCUCAUUUACCUCAGCUACAAAGGGAACAUCUGGGAGCAGAUCUUCCGAGUCUCUUUCGUCCUGGAGAUGAUCAACACACUGCCCUUCAUUGUCACGAUAUUCUGGGCGCCCCUGAGGAACCUGUUCAUCCCCGUGUUUCUGAACUGUUGGCUGGCCAAGCAUGCCCUGGAAAACAUGAUCAAUGACUUCCACCGCGCCAUCCUGCGCACGCAGUCGGCCAUGUUCAACCAGGUCCUCAUCUUGUUCUGCACCCUGCUGUGUCUGGUGUUCACGGGGACCUGUGGCAUCCAGCACCUGGAGCGAGCAGGAGAGAACCUGUCCCUCCUCACGGCCUUCUACUUCUGCAUCGUCACCUUCUCCACCGUGGGCUAUGGCGACGUGACGCCCAAGAUCUGGCCGUCCCAGCUGCUGGUGGUCAUCAUGAUCUGCGUGGCCCUUGUGGUGCUCCCGCUGCAGUUCGAGGAGCUCGUCUACCUGUGGAUGGAGCGGCAGAAGUCGGGGGGCAAUUACAGCCGUCACCGGGCGCAGACCGAGAAGCACGUGAUUCUGUGCGUCAGCUCCCUCAAGAUCGACCUGCUCAUGGACUUCCUGAACGAGUUCUAUGCACACCCCCGGCUGCAGGACUACUACGUUGUCAUCCUGUGCCCCACCGAGAUGGACAUCCAGGUCCGCAGGGUCCUGCAGAUCCCCCUGUGGUCCCAGCGGGUCAUCUACCUCCAGGGCUCUGCGCUCAAGGACCAGGACCUCAUGCGAGCCAAGAUGGACAACGGGGAGGCCUGCUUUAUCCUCAGCAGCCGCAAUGAAGUGGAUCGCACGGCGGCGGACCACCAGACCAUCCUGCGCGCCUGGGCCGUGAAGGACUUCGCACCCAACUGCCCCCUCUACGUCCAGAUUCUCAAACCCGAGAACAAGUUCCACGUCAAGUUUGCAGACCACGUGGUGUGUGAGGAGGAGUGCAAGUACGCCAUGCUGGCCCUCAACUGCAUCUGUCCCGCCACGUCCACGCUCAUCACCCUGCUGGUGCACACGUCCCGUGGCCAGGAGGGCCAGGAGUCCCCAGAACAGUGGCAGCGCAUGUACGGACGCUGCUCAGGCAACGAGGUGUACCACGUGCGCAUGGGGGACAGCAAGUUCUUCCGCGAGUACGAGGGCAAGAGCUUCACCUACGCCGCCUUCCACGCGCACAAGAAGUACGGCGUGUGCCUCAUCGGGCUGAAGCGGGAAGACAACAAGAGCAUCCUGCUGAACCCCGGGCCGCGGCACACCCUGGCAGCCUCGGACACCUGCUUCUACAUCAACAUCACCAAGGAGGAGAACUCCGCCUUCAUCUUCAAGCAGGAGGAGAAGCAGAAGAAGAAGGGCUUCUCGGGGCAGGGUCUGUACGACGGGUCCUCCCGCCUGCCCAUGCACAGCAUCGUGGCCUCCAUGGGGACAGUGGCCAUGGACCUCCAGAACACAGAGUGCCGGCCGGCACAGAGCGGCGGGGGCAGCGGGGGCGGCAAGCUCACGCUGCCCGCAGAGAACGGCUCGGGCAGCCGGCGGCCCAGCAUCGCGCCCGUGCUGGAGCUGGCCGACGGCUCGGCCCUGCUGCCCUGCGACCUGCUGAGUGAGCCGUCGGACGACGAGCUGACGCCGUCGGACGACGAGGGGCUGUCUGUGGUGGAGUACGUGAAGGGCUACCCCCCCAACUCGCCCUACAUCGGCAGCUCCCCCACCCUGUGCCACCUCCUGCCCGUGAAGGCCCCGUUCUGCUGCUUGCGGCUGGACAAGGGCUGCAAGCACAACAGUUACGAGGACGCCAAGGCCUACGGCUUCAAGAACAAGCUGGUCAUCGUGUCGGCGGAGACGGCGGGCAACGGGCUCUACAACUUCAUCGUGCCGCUGCGGGCCUACUACAGGCCCCGCAAGGAGCUCAGCCCCAUCGUGCUGCUGCUGGACAACAAGCCCGACCACCACUUCCUGGAGGCCAUCUGCUGCUUCCCCAUGGUCUACUACAUGGAGGGCUCCGUGGACAACCUGGACAGCCUGCUGCAGUGCGGCAUCAUCUAUGCGGACAACCUGGUGGUGGUGGACAAGGAGAGCACCAUGAGCGCGGAGGAGGACUACAUGGCAGACGCCAAGACCAUCGUCAAUGUGCAGACCAUGUUCCGGCUCUUCCCCAGCUUGAGCAUCACCACGGAGCUCACCCACCCUUCCAACAUGCGGUUCAUGCAGUUCCGUGCUAAGGACAGCUACUCUCUGGCUCUUUCCAAGCUGGAAAAGAGGGAACGGGAAAACGGCUCCAACCUGGCCUUCAUGUUCCGCCUGCCGUUUGCUGCGGGCCGCGUCUUCAGCAUCAGCAUGUUGGACACACUGCUCUACCAGUCCUUCGUGAAGGACUACAUGAUCUCCAUCACCAGGCUGCUGCUGGGCCUCGACACCACGCCAGGCUCCGGCUACCUCUGCGCCAUGAAAGUCACAGAGGAGGACCUGUGGAUCCGCACAUACGGCCGGCUCUUCCAGAAGCUGUGUUCCUCCAGCGCCGAGAUCCCCAUCGGCAUCUACAGGACCGAGUGCCACGUCUUCUCGACCUCUGAGCCCCACGACCUCAGAGCCCAGUCCCAGAUCUCGGUGAGCGUGGAGGACUGCCAGGACACGCAGGAAGCGAGGGGGCCCUGGGGUGUGCGGGCGGGCACCGGCGGCGGCGGCGGCACCCAUGGCCGGCACUCGGUUGGCGGGGACCCAGCCGAGCACCCGCUGCUGCGGCGCAAGAGCCUGCAGUGGGCCCGGAAGCUGAGCCGCAAGGGCCCCAAGGCUGCGGGGAAGGCGGCAGCCGCCGAGUGGGCCAGCCAGCAGCGGCUCAGCCUGUACCGGCGCUCCGAGCGGCAGGAGCUCUCCGAGCUGGUCAAGAACCGCAUGAAGCACCUGGGGCUGCCCACCACUGGCUACGACGAGAUGAACGACCACCAGAACACGCUCUCCUACGUCCUCAUCAACCCCCCGCCCGACACGAGGCUGGAGCCCAACGACAUCGUGUACCUCAUCCGCUCUGACCCCCUGGCCCACGUGGCGAGCGGCGCGCAGAGCCGGAAGGGCAGCUGCAGCCCCCGACUGGCUUCUUGCAACCCGGAGACUCGCGACGAGACGCAGCUCUGA